AUACCCCAAGAUCAAUUUAAUUAGAAACAAUAAUCAAUGCACCAUCUUAGGGUUUAUAGUUUAUGAUUUAGAUCAUUAGGACCUAGGGUUCAUUCAUUAAGGGUUAGGGUAUAGUAUCAUGCCCCAAAAUUCUGGUAAUUUGAGGUCUAGAUAGCGUUUUCAUACUCAAGGUAUGCGGUACCCCAGAUUUCACCCGGGGUACCAUAGAAGGCACCUGUAUUGUAUUUUUUUUUUAUCACAUGAGUAUUAAUCUUGUUGUGAUAAAUUGCAUGGAAUAUAUCUUAUUCUAUUGUGAAACUACUGAAAUUGUUACAGUUUGAGCUCCUAGUUUGCACGAUCAGAUCCUAGUUAUGAUUAUUCAUAGACAUGUUUUGUUGGGAUUAAUACCAUCAAAUAUAAUUAAUCCUACCAGUUGAAUGCUUGAAAUGAUGAUAAUUGAGCUCAUAGGUCACAUGUUCAAAUCUUGGUCAUGAUGAUUGAUAUACAUGUUUAUUAAGUGUUAUUUUAAUAUAAUUAAUAACUUGAAAAAUGAUAUGAAAAUUGUGAAGCUUUCUGUCCUAGGUGGCAAAAAAACUUCUUCACAACGACCAUAAUAUAAGUUAAGAGAUAAGAUAGCAAUUAGUGUUAGUCUCUCUUUCUCAUUAAUUUCUCCCCGACACCCUACCCACAUUAAUUAUUCUUAAAACCGGUAGCUCAAUUAGUACAAUAUUGUCCGAUUUGGACCAAACUCAUACGUACCUACUUAUGGUUUCCUUUUCAAAAUUUCUCGUACUAAUUGAGCUUGGUGGACACUAAUAUACUAGGUUCAUUCUCCUGGUAUUUUCGAUUUGGUACUUGGAUUGCACUAUAACAAUCAUCCCCUCAAGAGAAGGACCACAAACUUCGUGUCCUCCCCUUAGCGAUUAUCUUGGUCCACCAGACACCUUGUAUCGACAGACUCUUCGACACAAAGAUUUACUAGAUGCAUAGCUUCAUUGAUAUGCUAGACAAACGCAUAUCUUCCUCGAUCCGCCAAACAAACAGAAAUCUCAAAAUUUCGAAGUCACCGAAUGGGGAUCCACCGAACUGACGUCCACCGCCCUGAAUCCAAACCAAACCAUGCUCUGAUUACCUUGUACUAAUUGAGCUUGGUGGACACUAAUAUACAAGAGUAAUUUGCUUUGUAUUUUCGAACAAGUAUUUGAAUUGUACCAUAAUAAUCCUCCCGUCAAGACAAGGACUUUCGUGCCCUCCCCUCGCCGAUUAUCUUGAACCGCCAGACAACUUAUAUCGACAGCCUCUUCGAUAAAAUAAUUUACCAUAUGCAUAUAUCCAUUGAUAUGCCAAACAUAUGCAAAUCUUCCUUAAUCUAGCAAACAAACCCAUAUCUCAAAUCUCUAGGUCACCAAACGAGGCUCCCAGUCCCACCAAACUAAUAUCCACCACCCCAUAUUCAAAUAGAAUCAGACUCCGAUACCACUUGUCUUGACCGGGCAGCUCCAUUAGUACGAUAUUGUCCGCUUUGGUCCAAGUCUGCAAAUAUUUACUUUUAAGUUCCUUUCCAAAGGCAUUGCACUACUUGGGCUUGAUGAACAUUAAUAUACAAUGGUUAUUUUCAUUGUAUUUCCAAUAUUGUAUUUGAAUUGCACCAUAUUUUGCGUCGGUAUUUCCUUCCGUAGAAUAUUAGUGUUAAUCUCUAAUUUGGCAUUCCUCUGCUCACAUUCAUUGGAUCAAAAUGAUAAAUGGAUGGUUAAGAUAUAGGUUGUCACUGUACAAACCCUUAUAAGGUUUGCACAUAUCAUAUUCUAGUUUUUUACCUGUAAAAUAUAUAUAACAUAAUUUUUAUUACAGGAUUGUGCAUUAACUGCUUUUAUUCAUUGUUCAAAGAAGAAAAAAACUAUCGUUUAUGUAAAGUUCACACUUGAAUUCUGAACUGAAAAAUAAACACAGUGAAGAAGAAUGAAACUGAAACUGAUAAAAAAGAGUUUUAGUAGAUGAUAACGCGGUAUGGAUAGAACUGUUUCCAUGUAAAUGGUAGUUCAUAAAAUUAUACAUAACUUAUUCUCGACAAAUUAACAAAACAACAAUAUGAUUGUGGUUUAAUUAGUAGCAUACAGAUUUGAUGUUACAGUUAAAAUGACAUUCGAUUGGCAAUAUAACAAUAUGCUACAAAUCGAAACUCACAAAAUCAAUCUAAGACAUCAAACACAGACAAUUAAUGUUGUGGUGUGUACCGGUCACGGUGGAUACAACAUGGCAUGGGAAUUCAAUUCAUCGCAUGUAUGUAGUAAACACAAUGCAGAUGUCCAAAAAAGAAUUUCACGAACAAGAAAGCGAAAAAAAAAAGCAAAAAAUGUGAUCAACUCGCUGCCACAUAACUCAAUGAAUAACAAACUGAGUCAAAGACACCCCAUUGCCAUUGGCAAAAGUUUUUAUUAUUAUUCUUUUUUCUACUUCAAGCUCUGAUAGACUGAUGAUACAGCGAGAAGAAUACGCAGAUUCUCAGGCAUUAGAUGCCAAAAUCCCCGAUUUUGCCUGCCCAAUUUGAUUUUGCAGCCCUUCCCUUUAAAACCACCUGCUUCUUUCUCGACCUCUCCCUUCUGCUUUCUUCUUACACAGAAGAGACGAGAAGAUCUACUCUUUUAACCCCCUGAAAAAAGAAAUCGGAAAUUCAUCCUCCUUGUCUCCUCCCACUUUCCACCUACUCCACAGCAGCCCCGAGAUAUAUAUAAAAAAAAACCCAAAGAAAGGCAAGCCACGCGAGAUUGUUCAUAUUCUUCUGGUUGGUCUGGGAUUAGUUAACUACACAUUUGCGUAACUGGAGAGGGCUUUUUCUGGUGUUGUUGAUUUCGUGCUCUGUUAUUCUUUCUUCCUUCCUUCCUUCCUCAUCCGCGUGUUUUUGUCUCCUCAUCCUCCAUCCCCCCUUGCAUUCUUUAUUUUCUCGUGGUGGUUCAACUCCCCCCGCCUUAACCAGUUUGAUCCUGAAAGCUUGCCUGCCCCUUUUCUUCACAAAGUUCCAGUCUUUUUUACGUGUUCGACCUACCUGUCCAUUCGAGGAACUGGGGGUUUUUUUGAAUUGGGUAAUCAAUUGGCAAAGUCGCAUAGUUUGCCACUCUUUUUGGAACUGUGCUCGUUUCUGGAAUAAUCAUUUCGGAGGUGAGGGGAUGAUUCUGAAGUUGAGCCCUCCUCAUCAGCCAGGGUAGGGAAACUGUUCUUUUUUUGUGUGUGUUCUGCGUUUUGGAGAAAUGGGCCGCCGUUAAAGUUGGAGCGGAAACGAGCGUUAGCGUCUUCCCCGCCAUACCCAAUGGAUCUGGAGACGGGAGCUCAUCGUAAUCAUCUUAAGAAGGAAUCAUGGCGGACGGUGUUGACUCUGGCGUACCAAAGCCUAGGAGUGGUGUAUGGAGACUUGAGCACAUCGCCGCUGUACGUUUACAAGAGCACAUUUGCGGAAGAUAUUACGCACUCGGAGACGAACGAAGAGAUCUUUGGGGUUCUGUCAUUCGUCUUCUGGACACUCACCCUCGUCCCUCUCUUGAAAUACGUGUUCAUAGUUCUCAGAGCCGACGACAAUGGCGAAGGAGGGACGUUUGCCCUCUACUCGCUGCUGUGUCGGCACGCCCGAGUCAACGCGCUCCCCAAUCGGCAGGUGGCGGAUGAGGAUCUGUCCGAGUACAAGAAGAAGGACAACCUUAUUGCUACUUCCGGUUCGAAAAACCCGAGUUUUGGGUCGAGCUUGAAAUCGACUCUGGAGAAACACAGGGUGCUGCAGAGGAUCUUGCUGGUUUUGGCCUUGAUUGGGACUUGUAUGGUCAUUGGCGAUGGCGUUCUCACCCCUGCCCUUUCUGUUUUCUCUGCAGUCUCGGGGGUUGAGCUUUCAUUGUCAAAGGAGCAUCACAAAUAUGUUGAACUCCCAGCUUCAUGCGCUAUACUUAUAGCGUUGUUUGCCCUACAACAUUAUGGGACCCACCGGGUCGGAUUCUUGUUCGCACCAGUGGUUCUGAUAUGGCUUCUGUGCAUCAGUGGGAUUGGGAUAUACAAUAUUGUGCACUGGAAUCCCCAUAUCUACAAAGCACUAUCACCAUAUUACAUGUACAAGUUCCUGAAGAAAACUCAAAAGGGUGGAUGGAUGUCAUUAGGAGGGAUUUUGUUGUGCAUAACAGGCUCAGAAGCUAUGUUCGCAGAUCUGGGGCACUUUUCUCAGUUGUCUAUCAAGAUCGCUUUCACCUCUUUGGUUUAUCCAUCGUUGAUCCUUGCUUACAUGGGGCAGGCUGCAUAUCUAUCGACGCACCAUGUGAUAGAAAGUGAUUACCAAAUUGGUUUCUAUGUAUCUGUACCUGAUAAACUAAGGUGGCCAGUUCUUGUCAUAGCCAUACUUGCUGCAGUGGUGGGCAGCCAAGCAAUCAUCACAGGGACUUUCUCAAUCAUUAAACAGUGUUCAUCCCUGGGUUGCUUCCCUAAAGUCAAAAUAGUCCACACGUCAUCCAAAGUCCACGGCCAGAUCUACAUCCCUGAGAUAAACUGGAUUCUAAUGCUGCUUUGUUUGGCUGUUACAAUCGGUUUCAGAGACACCAAACGCCUGGGAAAUGCUUCAGGUUUGGCGGUUAUUACAGUUAUGCUGGUCACAACCUGCCUAAUGUCUCUGGUAAUCGUCUUAUGCUGGGAAAAGAGCGUGUUGCUAGCAAUAGGCUUCGUGUUCUUCUUUGGCACGAUUGAAGCGCUUUACUUCUCAGCUUCCCUCAUCAAAUUUCUGCAAGGAGCCUGGGUACCCAUUGCACUGGCAUUCAUAUUCCUGCUCAUCAUGUGCGUGUGGCACUAUGGCUCCCUAAAGAAGUACGAAUUCGAUGUCCAAAACAAGGUAUCCAUCAACUGGCUGCUUAGUUUGGGUCCUAGCCUUGGCAUUGUUCGGGUAAGAGGGAUAGGCCUCAUCCAAACCGAGCUUGUGUCGGGAAUUCCAGCAAUCUUCUCCCAUUUUGUCACCAACCUUCCAGCAUUCCACCAAGUCCUGGUGUUCCUCUGCAUUAAAUCAGUCCCCGUCCCCCAUGUGGGACCCGAGGAACGGUUCCUAAUAGGCCACAUCGGCCCAAGAGAGUACAGGCUGUACCGGUGCAUAGUCAGAUAUGGGUACCGUGAUGUCCACAAAGAUGACACAGAGUUCGAAAAGGAUCUGGUGUGCAGCAUAGCAGAAUUCAUACGAGCUGGGAGCACUGAAUUCAAUGCUGACAUGCCAAAAGAAGAAGAUGACAAGAUGACAGUGGUGGGUACUUGCUCAUCUAACGCUGCUGGGAUACGAUUGAGGGAGGAGGACAACGAAGAAAUAGAAACAGACCCUGGAACCUCAGAGCAACGGGAGAUAAAGUCACCACCUCCAGCAAUGCAACUGAAGAAACGAGUAAGAUUCAUUGUCCCGGAGAGCCCCGAGAUCGAUAAAGCUGCAAGGGAAGAGUUGCAGGAACUCAUGGAAGCCAGGGAAGCAGGGGUUGCGUACAUACUCGGGAACUCGUACGUCAGGGCAAAGCAAGGAUCCAGCAUGUUGAAGAAGUUUGUGAUAAACUAUGGGUACGAGUUCUUGAGGAGGAACAGUAGGGGCCCUACACAUGCCCUUACUGUACCUCAUGCAUCUACCUUAGAAGUAGGGAUGAUAUACAAUGUCUGAAAGCGAAAGUUUUGACCUACUGAUACCAGUUCUUAGAGGUGUGUCCGUGUCUGUAUUUAUAUGUACAUCCUGUAAUCUUUUGAGGUUGUUAUAAUGAGUACAAGUGGGAAACAAGGCCACCAUAUGUUAGAAAAUGGUGGAAUCAUAAUCAUACAUACUACGUAUAAAAAGCAGUUCUUGUACAAUUUGUGGAAUUCCUUCCAACUUCAUCGUUAUCAAAUUUCAACUUGACAAUGAGCAAGGAACCAACUCCAUGCCAUAUGGACGUUGGAACCAACUCCAUACCAUAUGGACGUUUUUGGCGAGAAAAACUCUGGUGUUUGAACUCAAUUAAUGCACUUUGACUUCUUGAACAAUGAAAAUCAACACGAUUCACACCUCUUUGAAACGAGGGUGUUUGAUGUUUUUAUGGUUUUUUGGAAACAAGCUACGUUAAUUACACAUAUUCCUAUGGAAGUUCAAUGAGAGUUCCGGAAACUAAAAGUUAUGACUAAUUUGCAGAGAAAAAGAUAAAGUUUGAUAUAGUGUGAAACCCUUGCUUCGUCUUCGUUUCUCCUAUUUAUGGCCAUCCCUCGUAGCCGCCAUGUAACUGCCUCUUUUAACCACUCCUUCCCAUGUCUAGUGCUUGAUGUAGAUUGCUUUGAUAUCUUAACUACCUUGCAUGCUUGCUGACCACUUGGUAUCUUGAUAGAUUGAUGACUUCACUUGGCAGGUAGCCACCUAGUGUCGUGGAGGUAUCAUGUGUGGCUUCAUCUUGAUGUUAGAUGCAUUGAUGAUACUCAUGCUGACCACCCUUGCAUGAUGUUAUGCUUGGCACCAAGGUGCUUGGAUGGUUGAUGGAUGCACAUUGACCCCCUUGGGGUGACAUCAUACUUGCAGGGUUUUGACAAGGUGGUCUACCAUGUGAAGAUAUACAUGGAUGAUACUUAGAAACUUAAUAACCUUGUCUACAGAGUACCAUGCACGACUAUGAUCACUUGAGUUCGUGCAGAUUAUUGUCAAUGGUUAGCACGUGUCAACAACUACCCUAUCCUAAGCCAAGUUUAACCUAAGAUGACGUUGUCGUAGAGUGGUAAUCAAGAUCGUAUUUUACUCGAGUCCUGGUAUCCUAGCCUACUUCCCGCCUUAUUGUUAAUUAGUUAAUCAGUUUUGGAGGUUUGAGUGUAGGAUUUGAGGGAAUUACUAGUUUAGAGAUCGAAUAAAGCUAAAAGCAGGUACUUCAGGGAACUAUUCCUCAUCCUAGUCUAGGGCUACUAUGUAAGUCUAGAUACUUAGGGUUAUCGAAUGUGGUGAGUGAGCUCGUUUCCGUGGGCUUUCGUGGUUAUCCACACACCUCCGAGUACGCCUCCCCUAGACCUAUAUAUAGUCACCUCGAUCUAGGCUAUCUUCUCUGGGGCAUUAAGCUCGUAGCUCCUUUCAAUGGAUACUAUCCACCGUCCACACCGAGGUUUUAUCCUGGGUUCUAUCUAGGAAGGCUACCUAUAGCAGGGUCGGUCGCCUUGACUACCAUAGGUCCCUAUUCGUAUAUCUAUCUCGAUUUUCUUGUGGCGCAUACCCGUCUAAUGGUAGAACUUCAUACCCAGCGUAGAAGCAUAAAGUAAGCUAAUAGAGAAGAUUAAGGCGACUUACUCAAACACAAUCAAGGAUAGAAUAACAA